AUGGGACAAACACUAUCCGAGCCCGUUGUCGACAAGCACACGGCCUCUGGCGCGGACGAAAGGUACGUUCGAUUACCGGUGGUCGCUGUCGUCGGUGGCCUCCCUCGGGGCCUCUUCACUCAAUCGUUCACUCGUCGGUCGACGGGCUGGCUGGCCUGGCUGGCGCGCGCGCUCGUAUCCCGAUUCCCCGCCCUGUGCGACGGCAAGCGUGCGCCAGACGCCAUUCGCCAGCCAGGCAGCCAGGCAGCCAGGGCUAACGUAACCCGGCGCCAGGUGACGACGGGCCCCAGUCACACACGCCUCGCCACUGCGGUCGCGAUCGGCACGCGACCCUACCCAUGUCUGGGCCGUUGCUUACAAGGCAUGAUCUGCCAUUGUUGCUAUGUACAGGUUGAUGUGGGGCGUCAGCGAGAUGCAAGGCUGGAGGACCAGUUGAGUUUGCUUACGUCGCCAUCGUCGUGGUCGUCGUCUUCGCGGCCCCGAGCCCAAUACAGGGGUCACGCACGCCCGCAUCCUCACGCGCACAUACUCGAUAUACUCACCGCUGCGUGUUCUCAUCGUCAUCGCAGCCAUGGAGGACGCACAUGCCCACGUCCUCUCACUCGGCCCGGAGCGCGACGGCGCAAAGACGUCCUUCUUCGCCGUGUACGACGGUCACGGAGGUCAGUCUAGUCCUCUCUCCUCUAAUCGCCAACCGGUCCCCCGACGCACCUCGUCUUCUCGACAAGGUCUCACUCGCCUCGGACUAAACUGAACUCGGCCCUUCUUUGCUUGUGCUCCCUUUCCCACUCAUUUCGCCUGGACGACCCGAUCGUGCACCCAUCACUCGACAUCGACGCGUCUGCUCGCUCUCGAUGACCAGGCUCCACCGUCGCACGAUUCGCGGGGGAUACGGUGCACCAUCGGCUUGCAGCGAACGAGGCGUUCAAGAAGCAGGACUAUGUAGCCGCACUCAAGCGAGCUUAUCUCGAAACCGACGAGGACCUCCGAGCCAGUCAGUCCUCGGUUCUUCAGUGCCCACACGAACGAUUCGACUUGACAGCUGCACGCGCUCAUGUUGGAACCAUUCACAGACCCUGACUUUGUCGGUGACCCGUCUGGAUGCACUGCCGUCUCGGCCAUCAUCACCUCGGAUCUGACCCUGAUCUGCGUGAGUCGACUUAAGCCGUUUGGGAAUUCACCGAUUGGCGAACCCGCAGGCGCCUCAGAAUACUAACAACACCCAAUGAUGGCUCCCAUUCUCGCCAGGCCAAUGCUGGAGACUCAAGAGCAGUCAUGUCUCUCGGCGGUGAAGCAAAGCCUCUGUCGUUCGACCACAAGCCGACCGAUCGUGCCGAAAAGUCUCGGAUCGUUGCUGCAGGCGGAUUCGUUGAGAUGGACCGGGUCAAUGGUCAGUCCGCACUCGCUGAAGGCUCGUCGUUAUCGAGCUGCGGCGCUGUGGGAGACAAGCUGACGUUCCGUGGGCGACCCCCGUAGGCAACCUUGCUCUGUCCCGGGCACUGGGCGAUUUCGAGUUCAAGCAGGGAGCCAAUCUCGAGCCGGAGCACCAAAUCGUCACCGCCGAUCCCGAUAUCAAUAUCCACACGCAUACGGAGGAAGACGAGUUCCUCGUGAUUGCCUGUGACGGUCAGUCCACCUCGGCACUCGCCUCUGGUUCCGCAGCCUCUCGGUGCUGACAUCCCGGCCCCAUGUUGCGAUCACUGUCGCUGUGCUGUGCGUCAUACAGGAAUUUGGGAUGUGCUCAAGUCGCAAGAAGUCAUCAACAACGUUCGAUUAGGUAUCGCCGAACGCAAGGAGCUGUCGACGAUCUGUGAGGACUUGAUGGAUCAGUGCCUGGCCCCUGAUCCGGACUGGGGAGGCUUGGGCGCCGACAACAUGACCGCGAUGGUGAUCGCCAUACUGGGGAACCGCACAAAGGAGGAGUGGUACGACUGGGUUGCCGAACGAGUCGAAAAGGGUGUCCCUUACCCAACACCGAAAGAGUACACCGAACCGUUUGCCAGUGGCGGUCAAUCGAGCGCACCGACAUCGAUCCUCAGUCGCGCGAGACUGCAAGCCCUUGGAUCCGAAGACGACGACGACGACGACGAGUCGGAACUGAUGGCACUGCAAGAGGCGUUGAAGGCAAAGAUGAGGGAGCACCUGCUCUCGCUCGAGCGGGACGAUGAACCUACGGAGGCAGCGAAAGAUGGCGCGGCGGCCGGCGAGGGCUCGGCACCAUCUAUGACAUCGACCACAGGGGAGGAUCCCAAAUCUUCUUAG